GGAGAUUUACUUCCUCUCUUAAGAAGUUGUUCUUCCGCAAACCCAAGUCAGAGCCCGAAAAUACCACCGCUACUUUGGCCAACGCAGAGUAUUCGCCCGCACCAAAAGCCGGAGCGACUUCCAAGAGCCGUCCUUCAGCAAUCGCACGUGGGCGAUUUAGAGAAGAACUAGGUGAAGCUGAUUCUACACAGGCUGCCCAACUUGAAGAACAGCUUAAGGGCGUUGAUUCAGCGCAAGCUGAACGCUUCGAAGAACAGCUCAGAAAGCCGUUGAUUACAGUCACUGUUGAUCCACCACCUGAGAAAGACAGCACACCCCCCCGGGAUACGCCCAACAUGUUUUCUACAGGUCAUCUUGACCCUUCGUCGGCCGUUAUGGCUAUCACCAAGCAAAAAGCAGAGGCCAUGCGACUUGCCCGAGAGCAAGGCUUUAUUGUCCGAGAGAUGUGCCGUCGGGCAAAGACAGAUGUUCCUCCGUACACUUUUGAAGAAUUGAUCGGAAAGGGCUCCUAUGGUCGUGUCUAUAAGGGGUUUGUAUUCACCAUUUUCAUUACUGUAUGCAUAAUGAAUUACUAACAAUGUAUAGCCACCAUGCUAUAACUAAAUCUGUGGUUGCCAUCAAGGUCAUGGAUAUUGAUAACCUUGACUACGAAACUACCAGAGACUUCAAAGAUGAAUCUAUAAAGGACUUCAUCCAUGAAACAAAGGUCAUGUCUCAGGUAAAGGAAGCCGGGGCGAAGAACAUUAACAUCUUCAUCGAGGCAGUUUCAAUUCACUCCCAACUCUGGCUUGUUAGCGAGUAUUGUCCAGGUGGAAGCAUCAAAACCCUGGUAAGUUAGCCGACACAACUGUACCGUAUUUUUAUUCUAAUGCCCCGUUCAAUAGAUGCGUGCAACUGGUGAUAAGUUGGAGGAGAAGUUCAUUAUUCCCAUUGCUCGAGAGGUAGCUGUGGGUCUGAAGGCGAUUCAUGACGCUGGUAUCAUACACCGAGAUGUAAAAGGUAACUGUGACAUGGAUAUUUUAUGUUCGUCGUUCCCCUAGCUAACUUGUCUGCAAAAUAGCUGGCAACAUUUUAAUCCAUGAAGAAGGAAACAUCCAAAUCUGUGACUUUGGUGUUGCAGGAGUUCUCCAAAGCCAGCGUGACAAACGUUCGACCUGGAUUGGCACCCCCCAUUGGAUGCCACCAGAGCUGUUUCCAAAUAAGCCCGGUGAUGAAGUUCAUCCUUACGGCAACGAGGUUUGUUAUCAUGUGAAUAUACCUUUUUGGAUAUCUAUAUUAAUGAGCUGGCUCUAGAUUGAUGUUUGGGCGUAUGGUUGUACCCUUUUCGAAUGCGCCACAGGCAACCCACCCAACGCUACCUUGAGAGAGAGAAUGCAGAUCGGCCGCCAACUUAACCGUUUCACACCGCGGCUCGAUGGAGAAAACUACUCGGAAGAAUUAUGUGGGAUUGUCUCUUACGCGUUAGAUGCCGAUCCAAGAACCAGACCUGCUAUGGGAGACAUCCUGAAUCAUCCCUACAUCGCUGGUUCCGAACAGUCUCAUCCUACUGAAGGGUUGAGAGAACUGGUAAAGAUUUAUUACCAGUGGUCUCAGCGUGGAGGCCAGCGUAUCUCGCUUUUCAAUCCUGGAGGUGCGGUUGCAGCCGAAAUGCCUGGAGCUAGAGGACCAUUAGAUGACGAAGCCUGGAACUUCAGCACCACUGAAGGAUUUGAAAAGAGAUUCUCGAUCAUUGAUUUGGACCAGAUAUCUGCUUCACUUGCAGCCCUGGAAACCGAAGAGUCUCUAGAGCCGAAUUAUACCUCCUUCGAUCAAUUUAACAUGGAACCCGAAGAGAGAGAACUCACAGCAGAGGAAAAAGUUAACUUUGACGAGAGAGUCAAGAGAGGCGCUGCCGCUAUGGAGGGGUUAUUCGACGAAGCAAAGCCGAAGUACAAGUAUGAAACUAAAAAUGACUUCGUGCCCAUUGAGCAAGCGCGCAAAUUCAAUGACUUGCCAUUGAGAACUGAUACGGAUAGAUCUUCCGUCGCCUCUACCUUCAUUGACAUUAACCUUGGAGUCUAUGACUCUUCUCAUUAUGCAUCUGCCUCUGGAUCUGCUAACCCUCCAUUCCAGCUAGCUGACGCCGACACGAUUCGUGCUAACCGAUCUAGCAGCCGAUCGUACCGUGCCUCGUCAAGCGCAGGUAGCGAGCCGCAUGACGAAUUCCCACAAAACCGCGGUCCUCGUCCUCCAACAAUGGAUUGGAAGUUCCCGACCACAGCUACAAGCAUCGAAGAAUCCGAAAGCCCUGAGCUAGCUGAUGACGAGAUUGCUCCGCAUGAUGCCGAGCCUCUUGAGUCGCGAGAGGAGAAGCGAGAUACCAGAGCCUGGACAUUUCCUAUUAUGACUGCCGAAGAAGAUGGACCAGGGGAGGAACCUAUUGAUGAGACAGCCCACGUGGAAACUCCUGGUGCAUGGAGCUCUGAUAAUGAAAGCACAACUGCUCAAGCAAUGUUUCCACUUCAACAUUCACCCUCUGUUCUCAAUAGGACCAUCGGCAAAUCCGACGCCAUCCCAAGAGGAAAAUCUCCAUCCGAUCACCACGGGCUUGCCUCUGAAUCGCGUCCAUCCACUGCAGAGUCAAAGCAAUCUUCCGUCUCUGAUGCAGACUAUGACCCAUUCAGAUUGGAUAGAGAGGGUUCAGUUAGCGGUCCUACAACUAAUACCCAAAGACGAGGUCUAGCAAAGGCUCCCCCGAUCAGAGAGCCAGGCUAUCCCUAUUUCCCUCAAGAUGAUGAGUACGGUAAUAGCCUGACUAGAUCUAAUAUCACUAACGGCUUUGAAGAACACCACGUCUCCAGCUUGCCAGAAAGCGUGACCCUCAGAAAUGGAAGUGCUACAGCAGCACCCGUCUCCCGCUCUGACAGCUCAUCCAUGUACUCCCAGAAUGGAAAUAGCAACGGCAAUAUUAGAGGGUCACUUAAUGCUACACCGGCAGCAGAGAACAGCAGUUUAACCCAGUUUCCCGAAUUGAAACCUCCAAGCAUCGAGAGUCUGACAGAAGGCGCCAGCGAUGAAGUGGUCACUGCAGAGCUUGACAGGUUGUUUGGAGAACUCAUGCACGGACUUGCUGCUACGGGUGAGGCAAUCCAGUCCACGGACUCUGCCAAAGCGGGAGAGAGUGAUGUGCGACCAGGAUCACCAUGAUAUGAAAGGAAAUGAACACGAAAAAAGUCAAGGCGCGAAAAAGUUGUGAAGGAGUACUGGAAAUCGUGGUUUUGUUAUGGAGUAUGGAUAUCCUGUUCGCUUACCGUGGGUGG